AAAUCACCAUGGAGUCUCAAGGAGCACAGAAAGAGAUCAUAAACAACAUAUUUUCACAGGUGUCAAGACGCAAUAACACCUUUGUUGCUAACAUCAUCAAAGAGGGUAAAGAAGUGACUGUAGUUGACCUAAAGACCAAAAAGCAGCUUCAUAAGCUUAAAAUUGCCAAGAAGGCUGCUCUAGAUAGCCACUUCACUUCAGUAUCCUUUUCCUGGAAAGAUGCUUAUCUUGCUGCUUCUACAAGUGCAGGCGAUCUGCAUAUACUUGAUAUCAAAUAACGGAAGUAUUGAUGUCAAAAAGAAGCAUCAUUUCGGAACUAUUUUCGCUAUCACCUUCAGCAAAAUUCAGGAUGUCCUGUACUCAACUUCGGAAGACGGUACCGUCAAAGCUUAUGAUCUAACACUUCAAAAGACAAAAAACAUUGUAAAAUUUGCAAUGUUCAACAAAAAAAGCCAUCCCUCUUCUGUCACCUCUAACUUAGACAAGGCCUCAGUUGCUCAUGCCAUUGAUAUAAAUGGAAAAGACACGAAAAUGAUCUUAGCAGUCAAAUCCAACAUUCUGUGUUAUUCCUUAACCGAGAAUAGGUUCCUGACCUCUUAUGAAGGACAUGCGAGCCAGAUCUCCAGUUUGAAGUUCAACGAAUACACAGUAGAGCAGAAGCAAAAUAUUGAUGCCGUUCAUACCGACUACUUCCUCACCCUCGCUGAAGGGGAGCAGUUCUGAAAUAUCUGGAAAAGCUCUGAAUCCCAAGAUGGGAAGGUACUCACUAAUCCUUCAAAGAUGCUUGAGAUAACGGAUACCAGCCAGAACAUUGGCUUGCAGAUCAAGCAGAUCGCUGAGCAGUACUAUUUCGCUGCAUGCACUAGCACCCAUGCUGUCUGUGGGUACAUCUGCAACUUGAAAUCAAAGCUUAAGAACAAGAAGUGCGACUUCAAAGUGUCUAUUUCCAAGGAAUUCAUCAAGAAGAACCAGCUCAUUAUCACAAGCAAUAUUGUGAAUGAUACACAGAUCUUAGUGCUGAAAGGUAACCCAAUGGUUCUGGAUACCCACCAGUUCACAUAUCUUGAUGAGAACGCUAAGUCUCCAGGCACAGACCUUGUUAUCUCCCCUAAAGAGAAAGGAAAUAGCACUGCUAUUGACAAAAACGGGGAUACUAAAAUGAUGGGUCUUGAAUUCGAUCAGAUCCAACAAAGCACCACUCAGCAUGGAAUUCUGAAAGGAGUCGAACUAGCCUCUCUCGAAUCUAAGGUCGAGACUCUUCUUAGUGAUGGCAAGGCAAGCAAGGCAUCAAUUAAGGCUCUCAAAACCGGCUCUCUUGUAGCAGUUUUGGAGCAAAGUCUUCACGCCAAUGACAUUGAAACCAUCAACUGGGUCCUGAGUAACACAGAUACUCACGUGAUCACCCAGACCGUGAAGAAGGUUGGUAAGGAGACCCUGCAACAGCUUCUCCAGAACAUACUAAUUAAGCUCCAACAAGGAGUUCAAAAGUCAUCCCUUCUGUGGCUCAGCAUCGUUCUUAAACUACGUUGGUUGGAGGUCAUCAAGUACAUGAACACUCGUUCAACCAUGCAUUCACAGCAAUCGAUCAGCACUAUUCAUACCUAUCUCAGUAGAAAGACAAAAAAUCUCUCUAAAUAUUAUGAAGUGAGAGCCAAGCUCCAAAUGGUCGUUGAGAGUGGAGAAGCUAUUCUUGAAUCCCAAGAUGACAGUGAUGAAGAAAUGAAGGAAAUUGAUCCAGCCCAUAACUCCAAGUUCCCCAGAAUGUCUCACCAAGUAGAAGAUGCCUCAGAUCAAGAGGAAGAUAUCUCAGAUGUCGAUGAAGUCGUCGAAGACCAAGGCUUCGACCAGGUUGAAGGCGAAGGAUUCGCAGAUGAUGACGGCGAUGAAGAAGAUGACCUCAGAGAGGACCUAGAGCAAUAUGCUGAUGAUGUAUUCGAGGAUGAAGGAGACGAGGAAGACGCACUCAUGGACGAAAGUGAUAACGAAGAAGACCUUGAAUAA